GGGGAACGACGCAGUCCUCAGCCACGAAGGGGAAGGAGCGAAGGGGGGAGGGGGCUGGCCAUUCCGAGGAUGCCUGAAGGAAGUUCCGGGACCCUCCCUGCUAUUGGCCCUCCUCCACUUCCUGCCUCAUGCCUCACCUUGUCUCUGGUACCUGGACUCUCUUCAACUGCUUGGGAAAUGUGACCUUUACUCUGGGGGGGCCUGAGCCAGCAGCCCCAGCCAUCUUUUCUCCCUGGGGUCCUCCUUGAGCCUCUUACCCAACCCUUCCCAGCCCAGACUCUGGAAACUGGUUCCUGGGACCGUGCCCUAGGCACAAGUGGGCACUUGCCUUAACCCCACCUGUGCCUGGGGCUGUGACCCUUUCCCACAGGGCGCUCACCAUGGCCCCGCCGCUCCUAUUGCUGCUGCUGGCCAGUGGAGCUGCCGCUUGCCCGCUGCCCUGCGUGUGCCAGAACCUGUCGGAGUCGCUCAGCACCCUUUGUGCCCACCGAGGCCUGCUGUUUGUGCCACCCAACGUGGACCGGCGCACAGUUGAACUGCGCCUGGCUGACAACUUCAUCCAGGCCUUGGGACCACCUGACUUCCGCAACAUGACAGGGCUGGUGGACUUAACAUUGUCUCGAAAUGCCAUCACCCGCAUCGGGGCCCGCUCCUUUGGGGACCUGGAGAGCCUGCGCUCAUUGCACCUGGAUGGCAACAGGCUGGUGGAGCUGGGCAGCAGCAGCCUUCGGGGACCUGUCAACCUGCAGCACCUCAUUCUCAGUGGCAAUCAGCUAGGCCGCAUUGCGCCAGGGGCCUUUGAUGACUUCCUCGACAGCCUGGAGGACCUGGAUGUGUCCUAUAACAAUCUCCGGCAGGUUCCCUGGGCUGGCAUAGGUGCCAUGCCUGCCCUGCAUACCCUUAACCUGGACCAUAACCUCAUCGAUGCACUACCCCCAGGUGUCUUUGCCCAGCUUAGCCAACUCUCCCGCCUUGACCUCACCUCCAACCGCCUGGCUACCCUGGCGCCUGAUCCACUCUUCUCCCGCGGUCGGGACGCCGAGGCCUCCCCUUCCCCCCUCGUGCUGAGCUUCAGUGGGAACCCACUGCACUGCAACUGUGAGCUGCUGUGGCUGCGGCGGCUGGCCCGGCCUGAUGACCUGGAAACCUGCGCUUCUCCACCAACCCUGGCAGGCCGCUACUUCUGGGCAGUGCCAGAGGGAGAGUUCUCCUGUGAGCCUCCACUGAUUGCCCGCCACACACAGCGCCUGUGGGUGCUAGAGGGCCAGCGAGCCACUCUACGGUGCAGGGCCCUUGGUGAUCCUGUGCCCACCAUGCACUGGGUUGGCCCUGAUGACCGGCUGGUUGGCAAUUCCUCUCGAGCCUGGGCUUUCCCCAACGGGACCCUAGAGAUUGGGGUGACAGGCGCAGGAGAUGCAGGAGCCUAUACUUGCAUCGCCACUAACCCUGCUGGUGAGGCCACAGCCCGAGUAGAGCUCCGGGUGUUGGCCUUGCCCCAUGGUGGAAACACCAGUGCUGAGGGAGGCCGUCCAGGGCCCUCGGACAUUGCUGCUUCUGCUAGAACUGCUGCCGAAGGCGAGGGGACUUUAGAGUCUGAGCCAGUCGUGCAAGUGACGGAGGUGACUGCCACCUCUGGCCUGGUGAGCUGGGGCCCAGGGCGGCCAGCUGACCCAGUGUGGAUGUUCCAAAUCCAGUACAACAGCAGCGAGGAUGAGACCCUCAUCUACCGGAUCGUGCCAGCCUCCAGCCACCACUUCCUGCUGAAGCACCUGGUUCCUGGUGCUGACUACGACCUCUGCCUGCUGGCCCUGUCACCUGCUGCUGGGCCUUCCGACCUCACAGCCACCAGACUGCUGGGCUGUGCCCACUUCUCUACGCUACCAGCCACACCCCUGUGCCAUGCCCUACAGGCCCAUGUAUUGGGCGGGACCCUGACUGUGGCAGUGGGGGGGGUCCUAGUGGCUGCCUUACUGGUCUUUACUGUGGCCUUGCUGGUUCGGGGCCGGGGAGCUGGGAAUGGCCGCCUCCCACUCAAACUCAGCCAUGUCCAAUCCCAGACCAAUGGUGGCACCAGCCCCAUGCCCAAGAGCCACCCACCACGGAGCCCUCCACCCCGUCCCCAGCGCAGCUGUUCACUGGACCUGGGAGACACUGGUGGGUGCUACGGGUAUGCUAGGCGCCUGGGAGGAGCCUGGGCCCGGCGGAGCCACUCUGUACAUGGGGGGCUGCUGGGAGCUGGGUGCCGGGGUGUGGGGGGCAGUACAGAGCGGCUGGAGGAGAGUGUGGUGUGACAGGAAGGGCAGCCUCUCGUGCCCUGAGGAAGGAGCAGUGCCACUGUUGGGCCCAGGUGGCAGCACCCAGCCUGGGUGGGCAGCACGGCCCUGGGCCCCAUUCUGCUUUUUAUCCUCAGUACCUCAGGCUCCUCAAGUACUUGGUGGGACAGCAAGCCCUUUCCUUGGUUUUGGCCUCCAGACUAAAGGGACAGGUCCCACCAACAGGUGCUCAGAGCCACCAAGGCAGGGGCUGCAGCCACCAAGAGGGAGUCUUGUUUCUAUUUAUAAUAAAAUUGUUGGGGACACUU